AUGGAAGUGAUGGAAAUCGCUGGAAAAGGAAGUGGAUCAACCGGCAAGACAGUCACUUUCGUGUCUGGAGGAAUAGCUCAAGAUGUUGUUCAAGCAGAGACUAGAUCAUCCGCACAGAAACCUGAUCCCAUCCUAAGGAGUGGAAAUCGAGGAAAGACCACCAUGGGAUUAGGAUAUGAGGCUAAGAAAGUCAGUAAUGCUAGAGCAUCACAUCGCCACAGAGGACAUCAAGGGAAACAGUGCUAUUUUUGUGGAGUUGUGGGUCAUAUCAAGGCGUUCUGCAACAAGUUUUGUGCUAGAGUUGAUCACGCCUGGAGACAAGGACGCUACUACUGGAAUCAUGGACUGAACCAAGUCUUCAUCAUGAAGACUGAUCUUUACCAGAAUCAUGCUCGACGUACAGCACCAGGUGGUACAAGACAGCGAUUCUGCUCCAAUAUGGCACUAUUUGAAGAAAGCAAUGAGGUGGACAACACAGGAACGUGGUACUUCGACAGCGGUUGUUCCAGACAUAUGACUGGCAUGAAAGAAAAUCUGCAGGAUGUGAAGCAGUUAAAAGGAGGAAAGUGA